UUAGUUGUCUAUAACAAUGUUGGACAAACAUAACAAAAAAAAACUAUUGUCUACAUGUACUUUUGGUUAGUUUUCAAUAUCAAUUCCCAGAAUUGCUUCUCGAAUAAUUAUCGCCACAAAUAUAGAUAAUAUGAGUACAAAACAGUCGUUCAUAAACAUCACAGGAGUGACCAGAAUGAAUUUAGGUUUUUUCAUAUUGUUUUUAUUUUGUUUUCGUGUGUGUUAUUCGAUUGUCACGAAAAACGAAUCUCAUUAUUUUGACGAAACUCCACAAGGAUCUAUCAAAAAUUUCUCAGUAGAACUAAGACUACCAACUGAAUGUGAAACGCCAAAUCUAGAUCCAGGAUAUUGUAUAGAAAUACAAGAUUGUCCUAUAUUAUUGAAACAGUUGAAAAAUAUUAACGCUACAAAUUUUCUAAAGGCUUCGAGAUGCGGCCCAAAAAAUGAAGAUUAUUCAAGACCAAAAGUGUGUUGUGGCAAAUAUGAUAAUUUUAAACACCUAAUCGUUGACGAUAAAACAAUAUUUCCAAAAAGAUGCGGCGUCGAAAAAAUUUCCGUGCAUAACCGGAUAAUAGGAGGAACCGAAGCUAAUAUCGGUGAAUUUCCUUGGAUGGCUAGAUUAAUUCAUAAAAAUGACCGCGGAUUUAAAUCAGUAGGAUGCGCGGGAUUCCUAAUACACUCUAAAUAUGUAUUAACCGCCGCUCAUUGCGUAAAUCCCGAAUUUACACGUAUCAGAGGCCCUGUAUUUUCUGUGUUGCUGGGUGAACACAACACCGAAACCAAAAUUGAUUGUGCAGAUAACGGAAAAUAUUGCGCGGAUCCCCUACAAAUUAGUCGAGUUGCUAAAAUAAUCGCACAUCCUGGAUACGACGACAAAACCACUGGACAUUAUAAUGAUAUAGCCUUGAUUCAUCUGAAAAAGGGCGCUCGAUUCACAGAUUUUGUUCAACCGAUUUGCUUACAAAUUGAUAACGAAGAAUACGUACCAGGAAGGUAUGCGAUCAGUGGAUGGGGAAAAACCAAGACUGUUCAGUUUAGUAAAAUUAAGAUGAAAUUGGAAAUACCGCCGUUCAAUAAAGGGAACUGUAUCGAUCAAUUUCGUUCCGUGAACAUUGAUGUUGUCGAAACGCAGAUAUGCGCUGGAGGAGAGUCAGACAUGGAUGGUUGUAGUGGAGAUUCUGGAGGUCCUCUUAUGUUCGAUAACGGAACUAAUUGGUUCGCAGCUGGAAUUGUUAGUUUUGGUAUAAGUUGUGGAUUAGAGGGAUGGCCGGGGGUUUAUACGAAUAUUCCAAGCUUCGUACCUUGGAUUAAGGAAGAAAUUAUCAAAAAUAGCGCCAACACAAAAAAUUCUAAUAACACUGAAUCUUAUAAAACAAAAAAUCGUACUAUUACCACAAAGACAGUUCAAUCAGUUGCUGUUGAUCAAGUGUUCAAUAUAGUGAUAAUGUUUUAUAAAAUUUGUUUCUGUGUUGUUUUCUUUGCGGCAAUUUCGGAUAAUUUCCAAGCAAAAGGACAGUGGCAAACGCGUAAAAGAAGGCCUCAGUAUGCACACUCAAAUAUGUCACAACGAGGUAGGGAAUGUAAGACCCCAAAUCAAGAAUGGGCGACGUGCGAAUCCAUAUAUACAUGUCAACGUCUUUUGAACACCAUCCAGAAUAAAGAUCCGAUCCAGGUGAGGUUUUUACGCCAAUCGCAAUGCGGUUACGAUUCCGAACCUCUGGUUUGUUGCGGUACCAAAAGUACUUACAUGAGACGCAAUACUCAAAAUGGGGGUACUGCGAUACCUGGUAGAUCGUUAAUUGGAAGUAGAAAUCGUGAUGGUAUAGUUGGGGUAGCAAAAGGUGGUGCCAGUAAUUAUAAUUAUAGAUCAAAUUCGGUUCUACCUCAAAGACCUUCAUGUGGACAAGACUUUUCGGAAAAAAUUUAUGGUGGUAUUAGAACUCAGUUGAACGAAUUCCCGUGGAUGGCGCUUCUUCAAUAUGCGAACGGUACCGGAUUUAAACGUUGGGCGUGCGCAGGAACUCUUAUUAACAAUAGAUACAUUUUGACAGCUGCUCAUUGCGUUACUGGGGAAAUAACAAAAAAAGUUGGACUAUUAGUAAACGUACGUUUGGGAGAAUAUGAUACAGCGCAUGAUGUUGAUUGUGACGGCGCUUUAUGCAACAGCCCCCAGGAUAUCGGCGUAGAAGAAGCUGUUUAUAACCAAGGUUACGAUAACGAUGACACUCAAAGAUACAACGAUAUCGCUUUGAUUAGAUUAAACAAAUCAGUCAAGUUUUCAAGUUUCAUCCAACCUCUUUGUCUACCAAAUAUAAACGAAGCUGCAGCUAUUGGCGAGCGCGUUGUUGUAGCUGGUUGGGGUAAAACCGAAUCGUCUGGUAGGAGCUCCAAGAAGCUGAAAGUAGAAAUACCAAUAGCUCAAAGGAGACAAUGUACGACUGCUUUCUCUUCGGCAGGUAUCAAUUUGGAAAAUUCACAAAUUUGCGCUGGAGGGGAAAGAGGAAAGGAUUCUUGUUCAGGUGACAGUGGUGGUCCUUUGAUGAAAACAGUAAAGGGCGAUGUAUCGACUUGGUAUUUGGAGGGAAUAGUUUCUUUUGGAGCUAAAUGUGGUACGGAAGGUUGGCCGGGAAUAUAUACCAGAGUCGAAAAUUAUUUAGGAUGGAUUCAUAGUAACGUUAGACCAUAGAUUGUGUUCGAUAUCUAUUAGUUAAUUUAUUUAAUUUUUGUUUGAUUAGUGAAAUAAAUUUGUG